AUGUCCAAAGAUUUGGAGGGUGAGAUGAGAGUUGCGGUGCAGCAAGCAGCAGAUUUUCUUGAUUCUAAUAUUGCUAAGAUUAUGAGAAAGCGACAGAAAGGGAAGAUUUAUCGGUCCAAAUGGACAUUUCAAGAUGAAGCAGGGGUUCUACUUCAGGGAUUGCCUCAAGCUAUAGACAAGGUUGAUGCAGCAAGGAAAAAGGUUAUUAAAAAUAGCACUUCCACCUUUGAUGCCACUGUUGAGGAGCGUGUCUUCGAUUCUUCGUCUCCAAAGUGUGAUUCUACUGCUCUCCUACAAGAAGAUACAGUGGGUUUGGAUGAUGCCUCGACCAAUAUCAUUGAUCGACUACUUGGAUCGUCUCCUGAGCGGGAAGUCAUUACUAUAUGGGGACUGGGCGGAAGUGGAAAAGCAACACUCGCUAGAAAAGUUCUGGAUGAUCCUACAGUUAGAUCUCGCUUUUCCAUCCACGCUUGGGUUACAAUAUCUCAAGAAUUUCAAUUUAGACAAGUGCUGCUAAAACUUGUAUCUUGCAUUACAGGGAACGAGUUUCAAGAAAUGAGCAAUGACCAGUUAAUGGAUAAGUCAUAUAAAGCACUGAAGGAUUGGAGAUAUCUUAUUGUCAUUGAUGAUGUCUGGAGCACAGAGGUUUGGGAUGUGAUUUCAAGAGUUCUUCCAGAGGACAGAAAUGGUAGUCGAAUUAUUUUGACUACAAGGAAUGGAUGUGUAGCUAUGCAUGUUAACUCCGAAGUUCAUGCUUACCAAAUGAUGCCAUUGAGUUUAUAUGAUAGUUGGAAGUUACUUCACAAGAAGUUAUUUGGUGUAGAACAAGGUUGUCCUGCAGAAUUGGAGGAAAUAGGUAGGGAAAUAGUUGGAAAAUGCCAAGGACUGUCACUAGCUAUAUUGGUGGUUGCAGGGCAUCUCUCCUAA